GCCGCCUCCUUGUGGAGUGCCGUUGCGGGCGAAUGAGAACGCGGGGUUGGGUUUUCAGGUGUCUUGGGCGGGCCACCUUCCAAAAUGACCCAGUCGGUGGUCAUACAGGUUGGCCAGUGCGGAAACCAGAUCGGUUGCUGUUUCUGGGACCUGGUGCUGAGGGAGCACGCGGCGGUCAACCAGAAAGGAAUUUAUGAUGAGGCAAUAAGCAGCUUCUUUCGAAAUGUGGAUACCAGAGUGAUUGGUGAUGGUGGCAGUAUUUCCAAAGGAAAAAUUCGUUCUUUGAAAGCACGAGCUGUCUUAAUUGAUAUGGAAGAAGGGGUAGUGAAUGAAAUUCUCCAGGGACCAUUGAGAGAUGUAUUUGAUAGCAAGCAGCUCAUCACUGAUAUUUCUGGCUCAGGAAAUAAUUGGGCUGUGGGUCACAAAGUUUUUGGCAGUCUUUACCAAGAAAAGAUUUUAGAGAAACUCAGAAAGUCGGCAGAGCACUGUGAUUGUUUGCAAUGUUUCUUUAUAAUACACUCCAUGGGAGGAGGAACAGGAUCUGGACUUGGCACAUUUCUUUUAAAGGUGCUUGAAGAUGAAUUCCCAGAAGUAUACAGAUUUGUGACUUCAGUUUAUCCUUCUGGUGAGGAUGAUGUCAUAACUUCACCUUAUAAUAGCAUCUUGGCAAUGAAGGAACUUAACGAGCAUGCAGACUGUGUGUUGCCCAUUGACAAUCAAUCUUUAUUUGACAUCAUCAGCAAAAUUGACCUCAUGGUGAAUUCUGGAAAGUUGGGUAAAACUGUGAAGCCAAAGAGUCUGAUUACUUCAAGUGCUGGGGCUUUUAAAAAGCAGCAGAAGAGGCCCUUUGAUGCAAUGAACAACAUUGUGGCAAAUUUGCUGCUUAACCUAACAAGCUCUGCAAGAUUUGAAGGUUCCCUUAACAUGGACCUUAAUGAAAUCAGCAUGAAUUUAGUUCCUUUUCCACAACUUCAUUAUCUUGUGUCAAGCCUAACACCUCUAUAUACACUGGCAGACAUUAAUGUUCCUCCUCGGAGGUUGGAUCAGAUGUUUUCAGAUGCCUUUAGUAAAGAUCACCAGCUAAUUCAAGCAGAUCCCAAACAUAGCCUUUAUCUCGCCUGUGCUCUUAUGGUUAGAGGAAAUGUACAAGUUUCAGAUCUUCGCAGAAAUAUUGAAAGAUUAAAACCUUCUCUACAGUUUGUCUCCUGGAAUCAAGAAGGCUGGAAGACCAGCCUGUGUUCUGUACCUCCUGUGGGCCACUCUCAUUCAUUAUUAGCUUUAGCAAAUAACACAUGCGUGAAGCCUACCUUCGUGGAACUGAGAGAGAGGUUCAUGAGGCUCUACAAAAAGAAGGCUCACCUCCAUCACUAUCUACAGGUUGAAGGGAUGGAGGAGAGCUGUUUCACAGAAGCUGUGUCAUCUUUGUCAGCACUCAUCCAGGAGUACAGCCAACUAGAUGCCACAAAAAGCAUGCCUGUGGAGGACAUCCCUAGACUAAGUGUAGCUGUGUAAAAAAGAAACCAAGAAAUACAACUGUCACUUUUUCCUAAUUUCACAUUGUUUUUUCAGAAUUUUUGUGAUUCAGAAAAUUCACUGUUUCAUAUUAUCACAAAUACUUUGUCUAAAAAAGAGUAGUUUCUGUUUAUUCACAAUACAUUGAUACCAGUGUGUGAAAUUAGUAAAAUCCUGUUACCUUCACUGUAGGUAGUUUAUCAAAAUUGAGAGAACAGUUCUUUAAUAGUUUGCUUUAUUUAUUGCCUAAUAUUUAUACACUGAUAAUCAUGUCUUUGGUAAAAAUCUUGUAGAGAUUCACUUUUAUAUUUAUUUAUAAUUUAUAUUUUGAUAUUGUUUAAAUUUUUUCAAAGUACAUACUAAGAGUUGAACAUAAAAUAUAAAUAUUUCCAUGUAAUAUCCACUAACUUUUCAGAGACAGACUUUAUUACAACUGUUAAGAAAUUAUAUAUCUUUUAUAAAAAAUUACUUACACUAUUUGUUUUAAAUUAUUGUGAAGUAUAAUUACUUUUUUAUCCAACCACUUGAUUUUGUAAUAAAUGUCCAUAUUUUCAAACAGUGCUACAUGUUAUUGUUUUACAGGUCACAAGUAUAUAAGUAAAUAAAACAUUACCAAGCUUGAUACUUUCUUCACUGGCCAUGUUAUGCUCUAGUGAAGUUGUUCCAGUUACUAUAAUCGCCACUUUGACUCUUUAACACUAUUUUUAGUCAUAUAAUUUAAGGAAGUGAUUUGUAGGAACAGUUUGUUUUCAAGACAAACUAAUCUGUUGUGUGCUUUCUUUAGUGUUUGCUUUAAGUUUCUUUUCUUUGCAAAGUAAUACUAUUCUUGGUCGUUUAUCUUGGAAAUUUAGUUUUUCAUAGUAUUUAGUUAUAAACAUUUCUAGUACACUUGUUAACGUAGCCAAAGAAGCUUCAUUUUCUCUUUCCCAAGAGAAAUCUUAACUGAUACUCAAUAUAAUAGGGCAAUAAAAAUUAUAAAUAUAUUUACAGUUUAAUCUUAUUUUCCUAUUCAGGAAUACAGAAUCUUGUUUGCCCUAUAACGAUUAUCAUCUGAUGAAAGCCUAGGCCAUAUUGCCACAUAUAGAUUAAAUUUUAAAAAUUUAAUAUAACUUUUUACAC